GACACUAUAUAUACGAGCAGCGGUCACAUUACGUAGGGGACGGACGCACCACGCUGUCAGUCGCUGCGGCUCGGGAAGGUCGGUCGGAGUACUAGACCGCGUUGGGUGUUCGUGGAUCACCUCUCCCUCCUUCUCUUUGCUUCCAUCGCAUAAAAAGAGAUAACUAGAACUUAACAUCAUGUGUGACGAGGACGCAACUGCGCUGGUCUGUGACAACGGCUCCGGCCUCUGCAAGGCCGGUUUCGCCGGCGAUGACGCUCCCCGAGCCGUGUUCCCCUCUAUUGUCGGCCGCCCUCGUCACCAGGGUGUGAUGGUGGGCAUGGGUCAGAAGGAUGCCUACGUCGGCGACGAGGCCCAGAGCAAGCGAGGUAUCCUGACCCUCAAGUACCCCAUCGAGCACGGCAUCAUCACCAACUGGGACGACAUGGAGAAGAUCUGGCACCACACUUUCUACAACGAGCUCCGCGUUGCCCCUGAGGAGUCCCCCACACUGCUGACGGAGGCUCCCCUCAACCCCAAGGCCAACCGUGAGAAGAUGACCCAGAUCAUGUUCGAAACGUUCAGCUGCCCCGCCAUGUACGUCGCCAUCCAGGCUGUGCUGUCCCUGUACGCCUCUGGCCGUACCACUGGUAUCGUGCUGGACUCUGGCGACGGUGUAUCUCACACCGUUCCUAUCUAUGAAGGUUACGCUCUUCCCCACGCCAUCAUGCGUCUUGAUCUGGCUGGCCGUGAUCUCACUGCCUAUCUCAUGAAGAUUAUGACUGAACGUGGCUACUCCUUCACCACCACAGCUGAGCGUGAGAUCGUCCGUGACGUCAAGGAGAAGCUUUGCUAUGUCGCUCUUGACUUUGAGAAUGAAAUGGCUCAAGCUGCUGCCACGACAUCACUGGAAAAAUCAUACGAGUUGCCCGAUGGUCAGAUCAUCACUAUUGGUAAUGAGCGUUUCCGUGCUCCUGAGGCAAUGUUCCAACCUUCUUUCUUGGGCAUGGAGUCUUGUGGCGUUCAUGAAACAGUCUACAACUCUAUCAUGAAGUGCGACGUUGACAUCAGGAAGGAUCUCUAUGCUAACACUGUCAUGUCUGGCGGUACCACCAUGUACCCUGGUAUUGCUGACCGCAUGCAAAAGGAAAUCACCACAUUGGCUCCUUCUACCAUCAAAAUUAAGAUUAUUGCUCCCCCUGAGCGCAAGUACUCCGUCUGGAUCGGUGGAUCAAUCCUGGCCUCUCUUUCUACCUUCCAGUCCAUGUGGAUUACCAAGGAAGAGUAUGAAGAAUCUGGUCCUGGAAUUGUCCACCGAAAAUGUUUCUAAUUCUUCUUUGAAUACUUCUUGAUCCACUUUAUUUGUUGAUUAAUAAAAUUCUGUUGAUUUGUUGCAUUCUCUCUGUUAUUUGCCAAUGUAGAAACGAGUGGAGAUGCGGUUGUAAAUUAUUUGCAAAACGUAACUUAAGCCCAUAAAUGAAUGUUCGUUAAAGUAAAGCUGUAACACUUUUAUGUAUACCUUCACGCUUUGCUAGAAACUAACAACCAGUUUUUGGCUUACUCUCCAUUGAUAAUCUGUAUUUUUUUUUUUUUUUUAUGUAACAACGUCAUUAAUUGGUUUAAUAAUUUGGUUUUCACUGAUUUUAUAUCAAACGUGUUUAGUCCGUAAUAUAAUAACUACUCAUUAAUAUAACAUUGUUUGAGGAAUAGAAAUAUGGGUUUCUUAAUAAAGAUAUUGAUUA